AUGAAUUCAUUGGUAAAUUAUGCUUCAGAUAGUGAAGAUGACUCACCAACAUCUUUUAGUGGAAAUAAAAAAGAAGAUGAUAUGGAAAGUUGUGAUAUUCAAGAACCAAAACCACCUAAAGGACAUAAUGAUCAAGAAGAACCAGAAGAAGUAACACCAGAUGGAAUGACAGAACAAUCACCAACAGAAGUUGGAGGUGAUAAUUUAAAAUAUAUUUCAAAUGAGGAUAGAGAAAAAAGUCCAUGUUAUUUAAAUAUUCCAUUACCUGGAGAAUCUGUUGAAAAUGCUAUAACAUUAGAUAAUGAAUAUGAUUUUAUUCAAUUACCUCCAUCACCAAAUAAUUGUGAUCCAGAAUUAGAAGAACUUUUUAUAAAGUGUCAUCAAAUGAAAAAAGAGGGAUAUGAUUUUACAGAAAAAAUAACAGGAAUAAGAAGUUUUAAAAAUCCUUCAAGUUAUACAGAAGUAGAUUAUUAUAACAAAAUAGCUGAAGUUCAAAAUAGGAUGUUGGAGAAAAUUAAAAGAGAUUCUAGUCGUAGAAAUUGA